AUGAACAACUCAAUCCCAGAUGGUCGCGUCGGCAACCUGACGCCGGAGCAGGAAGCCAAGCUGCGAGAGCUCUGGCAGGCCGUGUUCAAAUUGUACGACAUUCUACUGGAGUGGAAUCGCAAGAAAGACACAGAAGCCCCUGCCGCGCCCAAAGUCGAAGCUCCAAAGAAAUCCCGCUGGUUCGGACUAGGCGCCGCUCAGGCCGAACCAGUUGCCCCCGAAGUCCCAGAAGAAGCCCUCAAGCUUAUCGACUGCGGUGACACGGACAAAUACGGCCUAUCCAAGCAGUUCCAGCAAGUCAUCGCCACUCAGACGUCCCAAUCUCUUCGCGCCAUGGUUCUGGGAGCCAUCAAGCAUGAGCACCCAGAUGCCGUUGUUCUGCGAUUCCUCAGAGCCCGAAAGUGGGACGUCAACAAGGCUCUCGUCAUGAUGUUCUCUGCAAUGAACUGGAGACAUAACGAGGCCCAGAUCGACUCCGACAUCCUGACCAACGGUGAGGAGGUUCUCGUCCGCGACGAGCACGAUGGCAAAAUAAAGAGCAAAUGUCUGGCCCAGGACUUCAUGAAGCAAAUGCGCAACGGAAAGAGCUUCAUCCACGGUUUCGACCGUCAGAACCGGCCUGUCAGCUACGUUCGAACCAAGAUGCACCGUGCUGCUGAUCAGUCCGUCGAGAGCCUCGAGCGAUAUACAGUCUACCUUAUUGAAACCGCUAGAAUGACCCUACACCCUUCCGUCGAAACUGCCACUCUUGUGUUUGACCUCACCGACUUUACCCUUGCCAACAUGGACUAUGUUCCCGUCAAGUUCAUCAUUAAAUGUUUUGAAGCCAAUUACCCUGAAUCGCUGGGUUCGAUUCUUAUUCACAAUUCCCCUUGGGUUUUCAAGCCCUGUUGGAAAAUCAUCUCGGCCUGGCUUGACCCCGUUGUCGCAUCCAAGGUCCACCUCACAUACGGAGCCAAAGGCCUCGAGGAGUUUAUUCACCCCUCCCAGCUCCUCAAGGAACAUGGUGGUGAGGACGACUGGGAAUACAAAUACGAAGAGCCUAUUCCCGGUGAGAACGAUGCGAUGAAGGAUACCGCUACCCGCGACGCCCUCCUAAAGGAGAGACAAGACUUCGCCCAACAGUUCGAAGACGCUACUAGGCAGUGGAUCCAGAACCCAGAGGGUACACAGGCCGCCUCGCUUAAGCAGGAGAGAGAGAGCAUCGCCGUCUCUUUAAGAGAGAACUACUGGAAACUUGACAAGUAUGUCCGCUGCAGGUCCUUGUACGACCGACAGGGUAUCAUAGUGCCAGGUGGCAAGACGAACUAG